AUUUCUGCACCGCCGCGUCCACGCUGCAGCUUCACCUUUUCUGAGCAAAUCGUUCAUAUCACGUUGAAAGCGUUUGACUUUUUAAGUCCUAAAAGAUGACUUCAUGCAACAGAGGAGUGAAGAGAAAAGCUUCGGUCCGCGUUUUGGCCGUAGAGCCUCCAUCCAAAUCCUCCAAAGUCAUAAUGCUGGGCCAGUCCCUGCUCCUCCUGGAAGUCCCCGCCGAAACCAACGUCAGCCUCCCGGUGUGGGAGGCCAUGAGGUCCAAGCGCGUGGACGUCACCUGGACCGCCACCCCCUACAGCAUCGGCGUCGCCUUCACGCCCUCCACCGCCCAGCGAGGGCAGAGCGCAGCCUUCGGCCCAGACGAGAGCACGCCGCCCUCGCCGGCCGUCCAGUCCAGCCCGGCGCAGAAGAGGUCCCGCGUGCUGCUCACCUUCUCCAAGAGCACCCAGACGCCGCCGUGUCCCGCGAGACGCCCCCAGAACCCGCCCCCGCUCCCGAACCCGUCCACGUCCCUCAUCGUGUCGUUGCCCUUGCUCAUCUCCCGGCCCCAGCCCGUCGCCACGCCGGCCAAGACCGAACCCCAACCCGUCGCCGAGGCGCCGAGCACGUCCGCUUGCAGUCUGUGCGCCCAGUCCAACGCCCCCCUCCUGUUCCACACCAGGCCCUCCUUCAACAUCCCGAUCUGCGACAGGUUCCUGCUAGACACGUGCCACGCCGGGAGGAAGUGUAAGAUGCACCACACCCCCUACCCGUUUCACUGGCAGCUGUGGUCCAACGUCACCCACCAGUGGGUGGACGUUCCCCGACGCUCCCAGGUCACACUGGAGAGGAACUACUGCGACGUCAAUCAGGAGACCAUCCACCUCAAAGAUGGGCAAAUCCGCUACACUCUGAACUUCGACCUCAUGGAGCUGGACGAUCCCUCUAAGUACGACAUUGUCCGGCGGCUCACGAACUCGGACAGUCUGCUCAAGAACCCGUAUUUCCCCAGCAAAUGGAAGCUCUACUGGUGGAACAACCGCAGCUGGGAGGAGUACAACCAGACUCUGUCCGCCCGGCUGCUGCAGAAGAUGAACGAAAAGGAGCCUGAGUGGUCCUUCACCCUCGGCUCGCAGGAAUACAAGAUGGACUUCACCAGCAUGACCCAGAUCAACGUCACCACGGGGUUCCAGAGGGAGGUUCGCUGCAGACCCGCCUACCGCUCCCCGGAGUCCAUGCGGCCCUACCUGCAGACGGGGAUCCAGGAUGACUCCCCCCAGGCCGUCCAUCACUCUCCUGCAGCCAACUUCAGCGUGGACCCUCUGGAGGAGUUCUGCAGCUGGUACCCUCCGGUGUGGUUUCGGGCCUCCGAGCAAGACUACAGCCUCGUAGAGGUUCCGGCCGGCACGCUGGCCUACCAGAUGGUCCGGGACCUCUUCCACGAGAGCCUGCCGGAGACCAGGGUGGACGUCCUCAGCGUCGAGCAGAUCCAGAACCAGCUCCACUGGGACAAGUACCAAAGGCAAAAGGUGUACAUGCAGACGCUGCACGCUCAGUCUAAGGAGCCCCUGGAGAGACACCUCUUCCACGGCACGACCAAAGAAGCCUCGGACGUGAUCUGCCACAACAACUUCGACCCCCGGGUCGCCGGCACAAACGGGAGCUCCUACGGUUUGGGCUCCUACUUCUCCACCACCUCCUCCUUGUCCCACACCUACUCCACCAAGGCGGAGCCAGACGACGUCCGCCACAUGUUCCUGGCCAAAGUCCUGGUGGGGAGGGUGAGUCUGGGGAAGUCCAGCUACCGCCGGCCGCCGCCGCUCGCCAGCUCCGGCGAGAAGCCGCACCUCCUGUACGACGCCUGCGUCGACAACAUGUCCAAGCCCAACAUGUUUGUGGUGUUCGACAGCUGCCAGUGCUACCCGUACUACCUCAUCAAGUACAAAGACGCGCCCAGAGAGGCUGAUAUUUGAUGGUACACAGGGCGGGUCGAUGGCGUAUUGGUGAUUAAGCUGUUGAUUGUUCGGUUCAUGAUGUCAAGAAAAUGUUAUCAAAUAGCGUCACCGCUGUCUUGUUCAACAUGCAGUUCAUGUGCAAUGAAGUUCGAGCAGAAGACGUGUGAGCAGACUGUUAAAAGAGUUGAAUAAAUUCCAAACAAACGAAGCAUUUAAGUUUUCAAAAUGUCUUUUAUUUUGGUUAUUUUAAAACUUUACAUUGGUGGAAAUAAGUACUUUUAUUUACCUUUUUUCUCUGUCACACAGAUGUUCUGAAUCAAAUCUGUCAGGUUCAUGAAAAUAAAAGCGAAUACAUUCAUUUCUCAGCAUGACGAAGAGGUGGGAUGUGUUUUUUUUUCUUCCGAAAACACAUCCACACGCCCGAUCGAUGGCAUCGUUUCUCUAAUUGUCUGGACUGGAAGUGUCUCGUAGCAAAAGCAUACGCGCUACAUUUGAAAAAUAGUUUUCAGUAAAUCAGUUUUUCUGUCUUUAAUAGUUAAUUGCACAUCAUAAAAAAUACAAGUGAAAUUUUAGCUAGCAAAUCUUUGCGACAUUAAUAAUAUCUUUAAACAAACCGGUUAUUUGCGUUGUUAAAGCGGAGAUUUAAAGUUCUGAGCAGAAAAAAAACACAACGUCAUAGACCAAUUUAUUUAAAACAGCAAAGAAAAUGUUUCACUGAAGGUUUUAAGGUUCAGGCCUGGACCACUUAAUGAUGACGGCAUAUAAACAGGACAGCGUCCCUUAGGUGAUUUCCAUAUUUCCCUUAUAAUUAUUAAUAAUUAUAAUAAUAAAAAAAUGGAGGUGAAGGGUCAGAGGCAGCUAAAAUUCAUUGAGACAACGUAAAAAAAAAACUGGCUCCAACUCAUGCUCUUUUUUUUUCAUAAACAAACAUUAAUAUUUUAAGAUGUUUAAAGAGUGAUAAAGUACAUCAAACAAGGAGGCGUGAUGUCCUAUUUUAUUUACAGUACGAUCUUCCUUUCUCUUUAAAUGUGCAAUUCUGCAAUCCUUUCCGUGAUGAUCCAACUUGAUAAGACAAAAAAUAUAUCACAGUCACAAGAUGCAAAUUAUACUUAUUCACAAAAGAAAA